AUGCUCGUCACUGGCAUCAUCAUGAUCCCGACUGUCAUGGCCACACCCGCCGCUGUCCAGGACCUCACCGAUCUACAAAACGUCAUCAAUUCGGCAGCAAGCGCUAUCGCCGAUCCAAAUAACCCCAACCGAGGUUUUGGCUUCAACCUCUUCGGUGGUAGCGGUCAGAUGGGCACAGCCGACCUCGUCAACAAUAUCACCAACACCAUCCUGAGAGGGAAGUUCCAGCUAGACACAAACAGGACGUCAUGGCUCCUCCCCAACACGACCAUCAACAGCACCCUACCCACACCGCCCACGCUCGCAACCCCCACACUCCCCUUAACCGCCAGUCUCGCCCUCCCGACAAGCAUCCCCACAACCACACCCACCCUCGACAACCUCACCAUCGACCUCACAUCCUCUUACAUGGAAUACAUCCAAUCCAUGCCCAACCUAGCCAACAGUCUGAUAACCCUCGGUCGCGCCUACCACCGCGAAAUGAACAGCCCCGUCAACGAAGCCGUCGCCGGUCUCCAGCAAAGUCUCACUACCUUUCAAACCGCACUGCUCGAAAGCGACCUCAUCAGCGCUCAGGCUGUUAUACGCACCAUACGUGCGAGUAGUAGUCUGGAGAGUGCGGCGACGGCGUGGAGUCGCUUUCUCAAUCUACCGGGUGGUGGUGGUGGUGAUGACGAUGACGCGGGGUCUGCUUCACCGUCGUCGCCGUCGGUACCAGGAGUGCAACGGCCGGGCGUCUUGGGCAGAGCAGAAGCGAAGAGGCCGCCGCCUGGAAAUGGGAGGUUCUACAGCCACUUUGAGUUGUGGAAUCGGUCGGAGCCUAGGGCGAGGGUGUCAACGGAGGGGAAAUUCUCGCCGCACGAUCUUGUUGUGCAGGCUGAGGAGAAGCGUGUGAGCACUACUGCUGCGGAGAAGGCGAGAGUAGGAAGGCCUUUCGUUGUUUGA